CUUCAUUCCUCCCUCACACCUACAAUUCACAUUCUCCUCUUCAUUUUUAUUCCAAAUAUAUAUAUAUAAAUACUCUCUCCAUUUUCAGAUCUCACCGUCCAUCAUCCAAAAUGGACGUUCGCCAGCGCUCAGUCAGGCCGCACGAUCACCAAUCAUCUCUAAAACCGACUAAUAAGGCUGGCGAACUUGACCAACAAGCUAAAGCCUCUGAUGCCCUCCCACUUCCACUUUACUUAACAAACGGCCUUUUCUUCACCAUGUUUUUCACUGUCAUGUACUUUCUUCUUCACCGAUGGCGCGAGAAGAUCCGAAACUCGGUUCCUCUCCAUGUUGUCACCUUGUCUGAGCUGGCAGCCUUGGUGUCCCUUGUUGCCUCUGUCAUCUAUUUAGUUGGUUUCUUUGGGAUUGAUUUUGUUCAAUCCGUCAUCCGUCCGUCCCCUGAUUCAUGGGAAAUCGAAGAGGACGACGACGAUAAUUCGGAUCAAAUGAUGAUUCAUGAUGAUGAUAAGCCUAUUAAGCCUUGUGGUCAAGCCUUGAUUCCACACAUUGUACCAAGUACACAAGAGAAUUUUAAAUCAUCAGCUUUACCAACUGUUGAACAUACUUCCGAUGAAGACGAAGAAAUCGUCAAAAUGGUCGUUGCAGGUACAAUUCCUUCAUAUGCACUCGAAUCAAAACUCGGAGACUGUAAACGAGCGGCAGGAAUUCGACGUCUAGCUCUCGAAAGGAUAACCGGGAAAUCCUUAUAUGGACUACCGCUCGACGGGUUCGAUUACGAAUCAAUUCUAGGGCAAUGUUGCGAAAUGCCGGUUGGAUAUGUGCAAAUUCCAGUGGGGAUAGCGGGGCCAUUGUUGUUGAAUGGGGCGGAGUUUAGUGUGCCAAUGGCGACUACUGAGGGCUGUUUAGUCGCUAGCACAAAUAGAGGGUGUAAAGCGAUUUAUGUUUCUGGUGGUGCCACGUGUAUACUUUUGAAAGAUGGGAUGACGAGAGCACCAGUUGUGAGAUUCGGUAGUGCAAAGAGGGCGGCUGAUUUGAAGCAAUUCUUGGAAGAUCCGUUGAAUUUCGACACUUUAGCCACCGUUUUUAACAAAUCAAGCCGAUUUGGAAGGCUACAAACCAUUCGAUGUGCGAUUGCUGGCAAGAAUCUAUACAUAAGAUUUUGUUGUAGUACCGGGGACGCUAUGGGGAUGAAUAUGGUCUCAAAAGGUGUCCAAAAUGUACUUGAUUUCCUUGGCACCGAUUUCCCUGACAUGGACGUUAUGGGCAUUUCUGGAAACUAUUGCUCGGACAAGAAGCCUGCCGCCGUAAACUGGAUAGAGGGGCGUGGGAAGUCCGUGGUGUGUGAGGCGGUAAUCAAGGAAGAGGUUGUCCAAAAAGUGUUGAAAACAACCGUUGCGGCUUUGGUAGAGCUGAACAUGCUCAAAAAUCUCACUGGGUCUGCAAUGGCUGGCGCACUUGGAGGCUUUAACGCGCAUGCUAGUAACAUUGUUUCCGCAGUGUACCUAGCCACGGGCCAAGAUCCCGCCCAAAAUGUAGAGAGUUCCCACUGCAUUACCAUGAUGGAAGCUGUGAACGAUGGCAAAGAUCUUCAUGUAUCGGUCACUAUGCCUUCUAUUGAGGUUGGGACAGUUGGAGGAGGUACACAACUUGCAUCACAGUCAGCAUGUUUGAAUUUAUUAGGUGUCAAAGGUGCAAGCAAAGUUGAACCAGGGUCAAACUCAAGGGUGUUAGCCACAAUAGUGGCUGGCUCGGUCCUUGCUGGUGAGCUAUCUCUCAUGUCCGCAAUAUCCGCGGGUCAACUUGUCAAGAGCCACAUGAAAUACAACAGAUCUACUAAAGAUAUGUCUAAGUUAAGCUAAUCGCUUACUACAAGUAGUCAUCUCCGUACCCCAUUCUCAAAAUGGCUAAUGAAGUUACGGGAAAAAUAUAAAUAUAUAUAUAUAUACAUCUAAUUAGAAAAAUAAAUGUGGCAUCUAUGACACUAUGACAGAAUGGCAAAAUUAAUGGUAGAUCAUGGAUGGAUUAAUUAAGGGGAAGUGAAUGAUUAGAAGACAAAUUAAGGAAGGAAACAAAUGGCAAAAUGAAGUUGUGUUGUAGUUGUUGUGAUUCUUUUGAAAAUACCAUGUGAGUUUGGAUCUAUUUCCAAAGUGUAUAAAGGUUGUGUAUGUGUAGAGAAGUGGUGGUAUUGUUGUUGAGAAUCACAUAGGAAGCACAAAGAUCAAAGGGACUUGCUUCGUGUUAUUUUUCUUGUCUUUGCUGUCUUAUCACGAAUUGCAUGUGCAAAUGCUUAUAUUUUAUUUGCAUCUUUUGUAA